GCCAAUUUUUAAUAUAGGGUUUAAAGAGGCAUGUCUUCUGAUACUGCCAAGGAAAAUGCAUCUGUUGUCGAUUCAUCUUUGACUGAUUGGAAACAUGAUAUAGGAAACUCUGAUGAUCCAGAGAGUUCAAGUUACAAAAGCAAGGAAGACCAUAAACUGUCCAAGGUGGAUGUUGAUCGACGUAACUUUUCUGAUCAACUUGAAAGUGCAAAGGAGAAGAAGAACAGUAAACCAGGGUAUCAAACGAGAUAUUUCAUCAUCAAAAGUCUGAAUUAUGACAAUAUUCAAGUUUCAGUUGAGAAAGGGAUUUGGGCUACUCAAGUUAUGAAUGAGCCAAUAUUGGAAGGCGCUUUUCACAAAUCUGGUCGAGUGAUUUUAAUCUUCAGCGUGAACAUGAGCGGAUUCUUCCAAGGGUAUGCAGAGAUGUUGUCUCCUGUGGGAUGGAGGAGAGACCAUAUAUGGAGCCAGGGAGGUGGUAAAAACAAUCCGUGGGGACGUAGUUUUAAAGUAAAAUGGUUGCGGUUGAGUGAGUUGCCUUUUCAGAAAACACUUCAUCUCAAGAAUCCUUUGAAUGAUUACAAGCCUGUCAAGAUUAGCCGAGAUUGCCAGGAAUUGCCUGAAGAUAUCGGUGAAGCACUUUGUGAACUCCUUGACGCAAAUAGCUGCGAUGAUGGGUUGCUGAAUAGCUCUUCUAGGGAUGAUUAUUCAACAAAAAAGUCCCGCGCAGAACUUCCAUCUUCCUCAGGAGACGAAGAGUACAAUAACAAUCUUUGGGGCCAUACACCGAUGCCUUACCCUCCUGCCGUGUACCCAAACCAGGAUGACCUCAGCAGAUUUCAUCUUGCACAGCAGAGAGGAUAUGGAGUUUCCUCGGAAUAUCUCCAUACAUCAUCAGGUGCAUCUAACUCUCGCACGGAGCAAGAAAAGUCUUUACGAUUCAACUCAUGGUGUUUGCCUUUGGAAAGCCCUCUCGCGAUUUCCCUAACCGAUGAUGAUUUUCUUGACAUGUCUUAUGAAGAAUACGUUGAAACCCACAGCAGAUGCAUGAAACAACUUGGUCUUCCUGUCAGUGAUUCCACAAUCACGAGCCAUACAAGAGCCAUCAAGUAAAACAGAUGAUGUAAGCAAUGGUUCUUCGAAAGAUCAGCCAUCAUCAAGAAAGAGAGGACGGCAUU